AGUUCACUUGCAAUUGCAAUCAAUUUCAGAACACAAAUCAUCCAUGCAAUUUCUGUAGAAUAAAGGUUUCAGACAUUGCAAAUCAUUUUCUGUAAUCAGUUUCUUCAUCACUAUUUCCCUUGCAGUUUCUGUUCUGGUCUCUCAUCGCAUUUCAUCUAUGGCUACCAAGCUCUCCUUCUCAUUCAUUCCCGAGUUUCCUCUUCCACCGCUUAAUUUCCAGAAACCGUUUCGUACUCAAAAGCCACCUCUCGUUGGCCUUCCGCCGCCGUGUUCAUCUUCCGAGAAUCAGUUCCGCAAAGGCUGCAGAGGACGCUCACCACCUAUUCGUGCAAUCAAUCAGCAAGUUGUUCAGUCUCCAAGUUCAGAUUCGAUCCGCGAGUCGAAAUCUAGUCCCCUUGCAUCUUCCAAACUCGUCCUCGUCGUCGGCGGCUCCGGCGGUGUCGGACAGUUGGUGGCAGCAUCUUUGCUUGACCGAAAUGUCAAAUUACGGCUGUUACUGCGAGACCCGGAGAAAGCAAAUACAUUGUUUGGUGAACAAGAUGAAGAUUUGUUACAGGUACGCAAAGGGGAUACAAGGAACCCAGAAGAUCUUGAUCCAUCUAUAUUUGAGGGUGUCACACAUGUGAUUUGUUGCACAGGAACAACAGCCUUUCCUUCCAGGCGAUGGGAUGGGGAUAACACUCCUGAAAGACAGUCAGCACUUUCUGACUAUGCCCUUGUAAUUGUAGAUUGGGAGGGUGUGAGAAACCUUAUAUCAGCACUUCCUCGAUCAGUAAAGAGAGUAGUUCUUGUUUCAUCAAUAGGUGUAACCAAAUUCAAUGAGUUGCCAUGGAGCAUUAUGAAUCUUUUUGGUGUUCUCAAAUACAAAAAGCAAGGGGAGGAUUUUCUUCGUGACUCAGGUCUUCCAUUUACGAUAAUCAGAGCUGGUAGGUUGACUGAUGGACCAUACACCUCGUAUGAUCUCAAUACUUUGCUCAAAGCUACAGCAGGACAACGACGUGGUGUCAUCCUUGGUCAAGGUGACAAACUUGUUGGAGAGGCCAGCAGGAUUGUGGUUGCUGAAGCCUGCAUACAGGCUCUGGACAUUGAUUUCACAGAAGGACAGGCUUACGAAAUUAACUCAGUUGAGGGGGAAGGACCUGGAAAUGAUCCUCAAAAAUGGAGUGAACUCUUCAAAGCUGCUCAGACAUAACAGUGUUUUCUUCAUCAUCAUCUCACUUUCUACUGUAAAAUGUAUAUAUCAGUCUCCACUUCUCAUUUGAGAUUUGCUUCUCUUUCACUUCUAAAUGUAAUGGCAAAAGUCAAAAUAGAUUUUUGUUCAUAAUUCAUAAACUGUAUAAUAUGAUACAAAACUCAAUUUGUGAUGAGGAAGAGGGGAGGAUUCGAUUAUUUUUUUUAGUACAACAUGGGAUUUGAUUUCAUGUCCUUUUCGUGCCUUUUUUUGGUCAAAGACGAGUGUCAAUUAUUGUUGAGUUAAGUUCAUGUUGGUUGGAGGAUUGGAUUAUGUAAUUGAAAUUUCAUGCUUUUA